AUGAUUUUUAUAUUCUGUUUUCUGUUUUUGAGCUCAAUUUUGGGUUCCCCGAAUCCAGAUAUUCAAGGGAAGAAAGUGUUGGUUUGGCUUCCCGUAACCGGACAUUCUCAUCUGAAAUUCAUGAGUACGGUGUCGAAAAUUUUGCAAGAUGAAGGAUAUAAUGUGACUCUCCUCCUCCCACUCAUUGAUAUCACCUUGAAUAAUACCAAUCUCCCAAUCACCAAAACUAUCAAACACCAAAUCAAAUUGGAUAUCCAUCCAGGAGUCCUCCGAGCUAUCAACAAGAUGGGUGGAAUGGCUGCUCGUCAACAAACUUGGACGUUUGGAUCUGGAAUUUAUGGAUUCUAUUCCAUCAAACAUCUCCUAUCAGAUCUGUACUCGUAUACAUGUGACGGCAUCUUUCACAACACCGAACUCCUUGAACGAUUGAAAAACGAAAAUUACGAAAUUGGUCUCUCGGAACCGUUUUUUGUUUGUGGUUUUGCACUUUUUGAUCAUAUUGGAAUCAAGAAAAUUCUUUCAAUCGACUCUCACAUUGGACUGGAGACACCAAAAAUGGCGCAUGGACAUGCAAUAACUUCUAGUUUUUUGCCAGCUGCAUUUUCAGAAGGAUCAGAUAGCAUGAAUUUUGUGGAGAGAGUCCGAAAUCUCUAUGAAACUUAUUUAAAUCGAGAAUUUGGAUUGUUGAUUCAUAACAAAGAAAUGAAAGCCAUGAAGGGAGUAUACAAAGGAAAGAAAUCAUGGGAAGAGCUGAUGAGACUACCAGCCUACAUGUUCACUAACAGUAAUCCGUUGCUGGAUUUCCCGAAUCCAAGAAUAUCGAAGUUCAUUGAAGUUGGAGGGAUUGCCGCAGAUGAGAAGAGAAUGAACGAAGUAUUGCCAGAGUUUUACAACGAUAUCCUGAAUCUUCGCAAGCACACAGUUCUUCUCUCAUUCGGAUCGAAUGCCCGAUCAACUUUUAUGCCAGAAAAAUACAGAAACUCUCUUAUCACUGCACUUGGCGCCAUGUCAGAUGUGACUUUUAUCUGGAAGUACGAGAAUACUUCUGUAAAUAUUGUGAAAGAGAAGGACCCAUCGAUUACCAAUAUUCAUUUGGUUGACUGGAUGCCUCAGCAGGCACUUCUAGCAGACCCCCGUCUGGAUCUCUUCAUAACUCAUGGAGGACUCGCAAGCACAAAUGAAGUGGCUUUCAGUGGAAAACCUGCAAUCAUGAUUCCGGUAUUUGGGGAUCAGACAAGGAACUCUAGAAUGUUGGAGAGACAUGGAAGUGUGUUGGUUCUUCGAAAAGAAAACCUACAGUACCCCGAUGCUAUCAUGGAAGCCGUCAUGACAGUUUUGAAUGAUAAGAGUUUCGAACAGAGGGCACGUAAUCUUGCAAAGCUUCUUAACAAUCAACCGGAGUCUCCGAGAGAUGUUUUCCUGAAGUAUUUCAACUUUGUAGCCAGAUUCGGAAAGCCCAUCGGACUUGACUCGAACGCUGCCAACAUCAACUUCAUCGCCUACUACUACCUAGACUUUCUGCUACUUCUCACUAUUUCUAUUUCAAUUUUGAUCUCUCUUGCAUCCGGUGGUUACGUAGCAUAUAUUAUUUUUCUGAAGAAAGAGAAAGUGGACUGA